AUGGCGGACCUCAGCACGCUGUUUCUGACGUUCAACUGCGGUCGCGAACUGGUCAACACCGACUUCUUCGCAGCGAGCAUCAACCAAGGCCUCUCCAAAGCACAGCUGCCUCCCGAUGUCAUAGUCCUCUCUCUACAGGAGAUCGCUCCUCUCAGCUACUCCUUUCUCGGCGGCUCCUUCCUUUCACCCUACUUCGAGCGCUUCAACCAGACCAUUGGGAAGCUCAAUCAACUUUGGAAACAUGACGAACAAUACGAGACGAUACUCUGCAGUAACGUCGGCAUGACAGCUCUCAUGUUGUUCGUCAAGCCAGAAGUCGCGCGCAAGAUUAGAAGUGUCCAGACAGCUGGUACAGGAGUUGGUACUUGGGAGAUGGGUAACAAGGGAGCUUUAGGUGUGCGCCUCGGUUAUGCGAAUGAUGACGAUAGCGAGAUUGACCUCACGUUCGUCGCGGCGCAUCUGGCACCUGCUGAAGACGCCUGGCAGCGUAGAAAUCUGGACUGGCGUCUCAUCAAUGAGAACUUGGUCUUUACUGGUGUUACAGGCGCCGAGAAGACAAGAACACGCGCGACUAAUAGCGAGGACAUUCAAGACGAGACGGAACCUCUGUUGUCUUCCGCUACCGAUAACCAGCACACCUCGCAGGAGCAGGACAAUGCUCUGAUAACUUCAAGCUCGUACAUCUUCUUUGGUGGUGACCUCAACUACCGCACCUCGGACAUCUCACCACAUCCCGACAACCACCUCGCCUUCCCUCGUCGCAACGACUCGCCCGAAGACCCCACUCACUACUCGCACAUGAUGCCCAACGACCAGCUGGCCCGCGAGAAAGCUGCUGGAAACACCCUGCACCAUCUCAAGGAAGCACCCGUAAACUUUGCACCUACGUACAAGUUCUCCAAGAAGGCACAAAAGCAGGCCGCGCAGGCUGCGGAAUAUGUCGAAAGACAAACAAGAUCAGGCACGAAUGCUGUAGUUGUGCCAGAUGAGACAGACUGGCACUGGGCCGAGCACCGCCAUCCCAGCUGGUGUGAUCGUGUGCUAUACCUGGCGCUGCCUGGCCGCGAACCUGUGAUCCACAUGUACAACUCUCUGCCUCUCCAGCCAUCAUCAGACCACAAGCCAGUCGUUCUGUACGCCUCAAUACCGACACAGUCGUCAAAGCCUUUGGAUCAUGGUGUGAAAGCUCCAUACCCUAUCAAGGCGGGCUGGAAGCACAGGCGCGAGGCUGCCAGACGCAGAGAGUUGGUUGUUGGUAUCGUGACAUACUUGGUCAUGACAUGGGAAGGUGAGGCUUUGCUGCUUGGUGCAGUCUUAGCCAUUGUUGGCGGUUGGGCAGCUUUGCGAAGCCUGUUGCUGUGA